AUGGACGGACGGACGGGGGACAUUCCUUUGCUAUGUGGAGACAAGAAGCUUUGUUUGAGUCAAUGGAGUUUGAGUAAAGGAUGGAAACAAAGACUCUGCAGGUUCUGACUCAGUCGUGAGCUCAGGCUGAACCUCGUCACUUUUAAAGGGAACUCAUAGCUGCUGCUGCUAAAACAUAAAGAAUAUUAAAAACAUUAACUGGACUAUAAUCUAAAUAAAGACAGAUGGAGCGGUGUCCUUUGGUUUAAGAAGAGUUUAUGAUAUGGCGUCUUUAAGAAACAAAAAAAAUCCAUGGAUGCUUUAUGAAACAGAAGUGCCACACAGCAGGUUUUGUGACCCAGCCUGUGGAGUCAGUCCCGCAGAGAAACUGAGCCCCGAGCACCUGAAGCUUCUGAGAAACGCUUUCACCAACCCUUCAAAAACUGCAGCACAAAUACACAACAACAGGAGCACAAAGACCAGAGGAGGAGACGAGGAGCGUGGACUGAAGUUUGAGGAGUUUCGAGACGUUCUGAGGACGGUGAUUGGACCAGAUGUUGAGGACACGUGGGUUCAGAGAUUCUUCUGGGAGGUAGAUAUCAGCUGUACAGGACAGGUGAGGUGGAAGCAGCUGUGUUCGUACCUGCUCCUGGAGUACACAGAGAGAGAGCACACCUCCAUCCCUAAGGCUGCUCUGCGUGACCUGCUGCCACAGAUCAGACACUGCUCUCACAACAAGCGUGAGUCCACAGUUCGCAUGGUUGCCGUUUGUCAUCCUCCUCCACUCUGCUAUGUGAGUGUCAGUAAAGGGGGUCAGGUCACUGUCUGGAACAGCGGCCUACACGUCCUCAGAAGCAUCGGGCUCGCUGGAGAUCCGACAGAAGAAGUGGCCAACACGAGAAGGUUCAGAGGCUGGGUCACUGAUGCGGUGUACAUGCGCCACGUUCACAAGGUUGCCAUAGCAACUGACUGCAAGGACCUGCACUUUGUCAAUGUCUCUACGGGGAGUGUGUUCGAGGACGUCCACCUAUUUGGGUUUCAUUGUGUCCCCACUGCUCUUUGUUACUGGCACGAUGUCCAGUAUCCAGAGCGUCCCCCUCUGCUGCUACUGGGGGAUGAAAAGGGUGGAGUCCACCUGAUGUGGUUCCUGAACCCAUCUAAAGGUCUUUUUAAGAAUCCCUCCAAGAAACAGAACGGUCCUUAUAGGAUCUAUUUCCCGGACCUGAGCGAACACAGCAACACGGUGUCCCACCGCUACGUCCCCAACGUUCACCAGGAGCCAAUAAACAGACUGAUGUUCGAUCCCAGCAGCAAUGUCAUCAUGACUUCGUCGGAGAGCGACUCCAGCUCUGUGGUCUUUUUCAGCGUGACAUCAAAGCGGGAGCCAUACAUUUGGAAAAUUAACCAGGGUGCUAAAUGUUUCGACUACAGUGCGUCUCUGCAGCUGCUGGUCACAGGAGGUUGUGACCGCGCCGUCAGGCUGUGGACUCGCUUUGUGACCACACGUCCUGUUGCUACACUGCUGGGUCACUGCACCACGAUACUGGAUGUUGCAAUCUACCAACCUGUUGGGCAGAUCUUCAGUUACUCCAGAGAUGCUGAGCUGAGGGUUUGGGACAUUUCCACGCAUCGCUGUCUUAAAACUGUCCGCCUGCACUUCCCAUGCCUGCAGCCGGGUCGAAUCCCAGAACACGGCAACUUUCCGUUCCUGCUCGUGAGCCCUCCUCAUCCUGCAGAGACACAGCCUCACUUAGUGGUGGGAUGCAAAGACUAUCUGGCACUGUUCAAUCUGGCCCAGACAAGAAGAGGAGGAGGAGGUGGAUGGUUGACCAACGAAGACAGCGAAUUUGGAUCAGAAUGUCCAAAUGGGGCCGAGCUCUCCUGUGCCCUGUACAACCCCACCCUCAGACAGGUGGUGACGGGACAUGCCAACUCAUCUGUGACUCUGUGGGACGUAGAGACAGGCCGGAAGUGGCUCCAGAUCUUAAAUGCUCACGGAGAAGAUGAGCUGCUCUGCAUGACACUGGAUGCCUCCCACAGGAGACUCAUUACAGGAGCUGGCAACAGCACCAUUAAGGUGUGGAACUUACUAAAUGGCCUUAACCUGCACAAGCUGGAGCCUGUCACCAACUCUGAAGUCACCAGGUUGACCUGUCUCCAUGACAACAAGCUGCUGGCCGUGGGGUGGAGCCAGCGAAUCGUUCAGUAUGACAUCGCGGCGGCAAAGGACUUGUAUGUGAGAGCAGACAUGUCGUGGAAGUCCGGCGGUGUCCAUACGUCGGACAUCCUGGCAGUGGGUCAGUGUUCUGCUCUGGGCGUCGUUGCCACGGCAAGUCACGAUGGAGACGUCGUCAUCUGGAGGCUGGAGACACAGGGACCAGUGCUUCACCUACAGAGAGACAGGGAGACAGGAGUGGCGCCCCCUGUGGACAACCUCUUGUUCCUGCAGCAUCGAGCUCGCAGCAGGAAGCUGAGAAACAAAGGUGUGCUGGUGUCGUCACAGGCUGGCCGCCUGUGCUUCUGGAGCGUCACCGCUCAGACUCGCACAUACGGUCAGUUUUAUGCUCCAGAGCGGCCAGGUGCACGAGUGCUGAGCCUGAGCUCAGAUCAGCCAAAAAACACAAUCCUGGUCUCUGGAGACUCAACAGGUUGGCUUCAGGUGUGGGAUAUCUCUGACUACGCACUGGACAUGCAACAAGAAACGGUCAGUGAGCGGCCUCCUCGGCUGCAGCGCUGGAGGGCACAUGAGCGAGGAGUGGUGAGCGUGGACGUCCUCGAGGUGGACGACAGACUGUUCGUCCUCUCGGCCUCUGUGGACGGUUCUGCCGGCCUGUGGACGAAGGAGGGAGAUCACGUGGGAGCUUUUGGACAGGAGGUGAUGUGGAAUAUCGCAGUUGCAGCUGCGAAUCGGACUGAGACAGAGAGGAAGCAGAGGGAGGAUACAGGCGGGGAGGGGAGGAGGGAGAGUGACGACGCCACUGGACCCACUGACUGUCACACGUCACGGGGAGAAUGCAGUUGUGAAGCUUCACCCACCGGCUCAGCAGAGAAUGACCAUGAGCAACCUCAGCAACCCAUGUAUCUCUGUGAGGAGACGCCUCUUUGAUGACGCUAACAAUCACCGCUGACCACCGCUGAGUUUCCAUCAUGAUGAGACGAGUCUCCUUCCUCUCCCUGUUUCCUUCACCCAGUUGUGACCUCGUCCCUUUAUUCCGCCUGCUCCGCCACCACAAUGUGCAUUUGUGGCCAAAAACCAUGGAAGAGGCUUUUCCUGUUGCUGUCACUUCAUGUAAACCGGCCUCAAAAGGAUUGCAAACAAAAGUUUUUAAAAAGACUCACAUGACAAACAGAGACAAACAUCAGAGCUGCACUGACAUCACUGCUCUGUAAACUUCACACAUCAAAUGAAAUUUGUAUUUUUUUGUAACAAUAUUAACUAUUUUUGUUUUUCCUUUUUUUAAUGUCUUGUAA